GCCAGUCGCUCUGGGAAGGGCUGGUGACCUCACGCUGGGCGGGACUGAGGCCUUUAAACCCGGUCCCUGUGCCGCCGCUGCGCCCGGCCUCGCAGCCUCGCAGCCUCCCAAGUCCGUCUGUCCGUCCGAGAGGUGGGCGGGGCGGUUCCUUCCCGGACUUCAGGAAGGGCACUCACGCAGCGGACCAAGCAAACUCCAGCCCGCAGCUGAGGGUCCACAGCAGGAGAGAAGAUGCGGGCGCCCAUUCCAGAGCCCAACCCUGGAGACCUGAUUGAGAUUUUCCGCCCCUUCUACAGACACUGGGCCGUCUACGUUGGUGAUGGAUAUGUGGUCCACCUGGCCCCCCCAAGUGAAAUCGCGGGAGCGGGGGCGGCCAGCCUCAUGUCCGCCCUGACCGACAAGGCCAUAGUGAAGAAGGAGCUGCUUUAUUUUGUUGCCGGGAAAGACAAGUACCAUGUCAACAACAAGCAUGACCAGAAGUACUCCCCGCUGCCUCCCAGCAAGAUCGUGCAGCGGGCGGAGGAGCUGGUGGGGCAGGAGAUGCUCUACAAGGUGACCAGUGAGAACUGUGAGCACUUCGUGAAUGAGCUGCGCUACGGAGUCCCCCGCAGCGACCAGGUGCGUCCUCAGCCCGUGUCCCUGUCCCCAGGAGCCAGACCUUUCCCUCCGCUGACAGUGUCCGGGCAUCCGUGUGGGCGCCCGGGGUGGAGGUGGAGGCACAAAGGAGUCAAAAUAGCAGGGACAGAAUCCCUGCCCUCGAGAGAGUGACAGUCGGGGUAGGGC